UCUUUCAACCUUUUCUUUCCUCUUCUUUACGUUUUCUAUGGAUGAAAUCCAAACCCCAUGUGAUUCCAACUCUUGUUCGAGACACCCACUUCCCGAUUUUCAUGUUUUGUUUACUCAGGCCGCUGCUGAUGGGUUCUGUUCUUCAGGGAAAGAGCAGGAAAAAUGGAAGAUUCUGAGAAAAAACCCUAAUGGGUUUCGUUUUGGAUUGGGUUUGUUCUUUUUGUUACUUAAUUUGGUCACCAUUCGACCUGUUUUGAGCCAAGAUUGGGAUGGUGUGGUUGUCACACAGGCUGAUUUCCAAUCCCUUCAGGCGUUUAAGCAGGAGCUUGAUGAUCCUAAAGGGUUCUUGAAAAGUUGGAACGAUAGUGGAUUUGGGGCUUGUUCUGGUGGUUGGGUUGGGAUUAAAUGUGCUAAGGGACAGGUUAUUGUUAUUCAGCUUCCAUGGAAGGGCUUGGGAGGUAGAAUCACUGAUAAGAUCGGCCAACUUCAGGCGCUUAGGAAGCUUAGCUUACAUGACAACUUCAUAGGUGGAUCAAUCCCUUCUUCAUUGGGACUUCUUCCGAAUCUUCGAGGCGUUCAGUUGUUCAACAAUCGAUUUUCGGGUUCCAUUCCGGCGUCAUUGGGGCUUUGUCCUCUGCUUCAAACUCUUCAUGUCAGUAACAAUUUGCUCACCGGAGCUAUCCCACCUACGUUGGCUAAUUCCACCAAGCUUUAUUGGCUUAACUUGAGCUUUAACUCGUUUACGGGUUCGAUCCCAAUGAGUCUAACUCGAUCAGUGUCACUUACUUAUCUUGAUCUUCAACACAACAAUCUCUCAGGCAGCAUCCCCGACUCUUGGGGCGGCGACGCCACUGAUCAAAACCGGGUGUUUCAGCUCAAGUUGAUGGCUCUUGAUGGCAAUCUCCUCUCAGGUAUCAUACCAGCUUCUUUAAGGAAGUUAAGUGAGCUUCAAGUGGUUUCUCUUGGCCAUAAUAGAUUGAAUGGUGGCAUUCCAGAAGAAAUUAGUAGGCUUUCUCUGCUCAAAACUCUGGAUGUUUCUAACAAUUUCCUUAAUGGAAGUAUGCCUCAAAGUUUUGAUAGUUUAAGAAAUCUCUCUGUUCUUAACUUGAGUAGAAACAGGUUCAAUGGUCAAAUUCCUGCAAAUUUAGGGAACAUUUCAACACUUAAACAACUUGAUUUAUCUCAGAACAAUCUAAGUGGAGAAAUACCAGCUUCUCUUGCUGAAUUGGAAGGUCUUCAAUCCUUAAAUGUCUCGUACAACAACCUUUCGGGUUCUGUUCCUUCGGCUCUCGCCGAAAAAUUUAGUGCAAGUUCCUUUGUUGGGAACAUCCAGCUCUGUGGGUUCAGUGGUUCAACUCCGUGCCCGUCCCCGGUUCCUUCUCUAGAAGCUCCAGCUCCUCCACCGGAAAGUUCGGUGUCUCGACAUCGGAAGUUAAGUACUAAAGAUAUAAUACUCAUAGUAGCAGGAGCUCUCCUUCUAGUAUUGGUUAUAGUAUUCUUUGUACUGCUGUGCUGCUUGAUUAGGAAGAGGGCUGCUUCAAAAGAAAAGGGUGGUGGUGAGGCGGCGGCAGCAGCAGCAGCCGGGGCUGCGAGGCCGAAGAAGGACGUCCCUCUGACUAGCAGUGAAGUUGAAGUGGGAGGAGGGGAUGCCGGUGGGAAGCUCGUCCAUUUCGACGGGCAAACGGUGUUCACAGCAGAUGAUCUAUUGUGUGCAACAGCAGAAAUAAUGGGAAAGAGUACUUAUGGGACUGUUUACAAGGCCACAUUGGAGGAUGGAAAUCAAGUUGCAGUGAAGAGAUUGAGAGAGAAGAUCACUAAGAGCCAGAAAGAAUUUGAAGCAGAGGUCAACAUUCUUGGCAAGGUCAGGCAUCCAAAUCUUCUAGCUUUAAGAGCUUAUUACUUGGGACCCAAAGGAGAAAAGCUUCUCGUUUUCGAUUACAUGCCGAACGGGAGUCUUGCAGCGUUCCUGCACGCUCGUGGCCCGGACACAUCCAUUGAUUGGCCGACGAGGAUGAAGAUUGCUCAGGGUAUGACUCGUGGCCUGUGUCACCUUCACACGCACGAGAACAAUAUUCAUGGAAACCUAACAUCCAGCAACAUUCUACUUGAUGAGUACACAAAUGCUAAGAUUGCAGAUUUUGGCUUGUCAAGGUUGAUGACAGCAGCCGCAAGCUCAAAUGUGAUAGCAACAGCAGGGGCACUCGGGUAUCGAGCACCAGAGCUCUCGAAGCUGAAGAAAGCAAAUACGAAAACCGACAUUUACAGCCUUGGAGUAAUCAUAUUGGAACUCUUGACAGGGAAGUCACCGGGUGAAGCCAUGAACGGUGUCGAUUUGCCACAAUGGGUUGCAUCAAUAGUCAAAGAGGAGUGGACUAAUGAAGUUUUCGAUUUGGAGUUGAUGAGGGAUGCAUCUAGCAUUGGAGAUGAAUUACUAAACACUCUGAAACUCGCUUUGCAUUGUGUCGAUCCUUCACCAUCGGCAAGACCGGAAGUUCAACAAGUUCUGCAACAACUGCAGGAGAUUAGGCCAGAAACCACUCCCAGUUCUGGGGAUGAUGGAGCAGGAGGAGGACCACCCCCUUCGACAAGCGAGUGAAAAGGGCUUUCCCAACAGGCAGGGUAGGAUGAUAGAACAGAGACUUCUGUGUGAUUCUUUUAAUUCUUUUAAGGGUGGUCUUUGUCUUGGAAGAAUUUAAUGACCAGAAUUCUAGUUAUAUUAUUAGUUUCCAUAAAGUGUGUUAUUGAAUAGCAGUUCUUCACUCUCUGUAAAUUUGCUAUCACAUUUGAGAAUAAUUCUUCCACAGA